CACUCACUCACUCCACUGAAACCAGAGUAACACACACUCACCUUCACCGAUCAUGGCUUCCACCACCACCACCACCUUCACCUCCUCCUCCUCCUCCUCCUCAUUCCUCCACACCAAAAUCCCAACCCCAUCCUCUCUCUCCUCCUUCAACAAACCACUCACCUUCCAAUCCAUGAAACCUUCACUGAGGAAGCUCUGCAUGUCCAUGGCUGCAUCAUCUGCACCUUCACCACCUCCACCCUAUGAUCUCGGAUCCUUCAAAUUUGCGCCGAUCAAGGAGUCCAUUGUCUCACGCGAGAUGACGCGCAGGUACAUGACCGACAUGGUCACCUUCGCUGAUACCGACGUCGUCAUCGUCGGUGCCGGUUCCGCCGGGCUCACCUGCGCCUACGAGCUCAGUAAGAACCCCAACGUCCAGGUUGCUAUCAUUGAGCAAUCUGUUAGCCCCGGUGGCGGCGCGUGGCUCGGUGGCCAACUCUUCUCUGCCAUGGUAGUGCGCAAGCCAGCACAUCUGUUCUUGAAUGAGCUUGGAGUGGAUUAUGAUGAGCAGGACAACUAUGUGGUGAUCAAGCAUGCUGCUCUCUUCACUUCCACAAUCAUGAGCAAGCUGCUGGCUAGGCCUAAUGUGAAGCUUUUCAAUGCUGUGGCCGCUGAGGAUUUGAUUGUGAAAAAUGGGAGAGUUGGUGGGGUUGUCACCAACUGGGCUUUGGUUUCCAUGAACCAUGACACCCAAUCCUGCAUGGAUCCUAAUGUCAUGGAGGCCAAGGUGGUGGUAAGCUCUUGUGGCCAUGAUGGGCCUUUUGGAGCCACUGGGGUGAAGAGGCUUAAGAGCAUUGGUUUGAUUGAUAGGGUGCCUGGAAUGAAGGCCCUUGACAUGAACACUGCUGAGGAUGCUAUUGUCAGGCUUACCAGGGAGGUUGUGCCUGGAAUGAUUGUUACUGGGAUGGAAGUUGCUGAGAUUGAUGGUGCUCCAAGAAUGGGUCCAACAUUUGGAGCUAUGAUGAUAUCAGGGCAGAAGGCAGCACAUUUGGCCUUGAGAUCACUGGGGCUUCCCAAUGCUGUGGAUAAAAAUAAUGCUGCAGGGAAGAUCCACCCAGAGCUUGUCCUAGCUGCUGCUACUGAAUCUGCUGAAAUUGCAGAUGCUUAAUCAAUUUAGCAUCAAUUAACUUUCUGUUGAUAGUGUCAGUGCCCGUAGCCAGUAAUGACAAUAAGCUUCUUGUUAUGGAGAAAGUGGUACAAUAACCUUCUUGUUAGCGAGAAAGUGGUGUGAGAAGUGAUGAUGGAAAAUGGAUGAGUUGGUUUAUGUGAACAGUGUAUGCUGUUUUUUUGUUAAUAACAUGAAUGGAUGUGUUUGCCAA